CAGCACUAUUGCAAGUUCUGAUAAACUUUAGCUUGCAGGCGCCUUGUCUCCCUGACAGCUGAUUGGAGUGACAUUACUAUUACAUUAUGUCCCUCUCAUAUUCACAGACAGCUCCGGGCGCUGCAGAUAUGACUUAUGACAACUUUUUAAAUGGCAGAUAAUAAUAAUAAUAAUAAAAAAUAAAAAAAAUUCUGGAAACUUUGAGCACUGAAGAUGUCCUAAGAUGGAUUGUACGCAUCUGCUUUGGGUCUGCCGCUUCCUGGUUUUAGCCGUUCCAGGCCACUUGCUUGCCAGCAGGAUCUGUCCGGACCUCGUGGCUGACAGCUGCCUGUGCACCGUGGAGCGCUCCAAGGGACUGGGGCGACAGAAACUCAUCCACAUCAAGGUGGUGUGCAAUGGAGGGGAGCUAGCGGAGACGUUACAACCUACGUUACUGCCCAACAAAACCGUGGCCCUAAUUCUCAGCAAUAACAAGAUAUCGCUUGUACAGAAUAGAUCUUUUCUUGGAUUAAACUCCCUUGAGAAAUUAGAUCUGCGGAAUAACCUGAUUAGCACCAUCGAGCCGGGGGCCUUUUAUGGACUUUCUGAACUCAGGCGUCUUGAUCUGUCUAAUAACCGGAUUGGAUGUCUGUCACCUGAAAUGUUCAGUGGACUCCACAAUCUCCACAAACUAAAUCUAUCUGGAAAUAUUUUCUCUGUCCUUGAGUCUAAUCUAUUCAAAGAGGUCUCAUCACUAAAGGUCAUAUCUUUUAACACAGAAUCGCUCGUCUGUGAUUGCAACAUGAAAUGGAUUUUAACAUGGGCAGAAGACUCUGCUGUUCGUAUCAGUGAAGACACAGUCUGCAAGCAUUCGCGUCAUGUCCAAGGCCGAGCAUUUAAUUCCAUUGAAAAGACCCAGCUGACCUGUGAUCAACCUCAGGAAUUGCCAAUGUUUCAAAUAAUCCCAUCACAGAAGCAGAUCGUUUUUCAUGGAGAUCGCCUGCCGUUUCAUUGUACCGCCACCUAUAUGCGAGGCACCAGCGAUGUUUACUGGCUUCAUGAUGGGCGGCGGGUGGAAAGUAAUGAGGAGCAUGGGAUCUUUGUGGAAGAAAGAGUAAUACACGACUGCUGUUUAAUCACACGUGAUCUCCUCCUGUCCAGCGUCGGGUUGGAGUCUACAGGUAUUUGGGAAUGUCAAGUGAACUCAUCUUAUGGAAUCGCAUCUAAACAAGUUGAGAUUAUUGUCCUGGAAACUGGAGCACCUUAUUGUCCUAUGGAAAGGAUAAUCAACAACAAAGGAGAAUACAGAUGGCCUAGAACAAUAGCUGGAAUGACUGCAUUUCAUCCCUGCAGACAGUUACCUCUCGGUUCAUUGCCAUAUCCUGAUGCAGUAGGAGAGCCAAAAGCCUGGCGUAAGUGUGGCAGAACUGGACUCUGGACAGAAGAAGACUAUACGGCCUGUCCCUUUUCACAUGAAGUGACAAGAUAUCUUCAUGCCUUUAGUAUGGUGCCAGUAAAUGACACCAACGUCCUUGAAUAUGCUCAACAACUAAUGACCUACACCAAGGGAGCCUCAGACUUCAAUGAUAAGAUGGAUGUGUUGCUUGUGGCUAACAUGAUGGAAAAGAUGAUAACUUUCGUGGGACAGAUCAAACAUCUUGGGGAUAUAAUUAUAGAAAUCGCAAGUAACAUAAUGUCAGUGAAAGACCACAUUUUGUGGAUGGCGCAGAACGAAGCCAAAGCCUGCACCAGAAUAGUGCACUGUCUGGAGCAGAUAUCCGGGCUGUCUUUGAGCGGUAAAACACAAGUCUUGUCAAAGGUUUCCCUUAAUAUCGCACUGGAGGCUAUCCUAAUCAAACCAGCAAGCUUUAUUGGCAUGACUUGCGUUGCCUACCAGAGAACAUCUGUACAUCCGGAGAGAUCAUUGAUCCAUGGUAAUGAGGAUGUAGAUUCAGAGAAUAUUGAGAACCACAAUUUAAUUUUGAAAUGCACUUCUGGCAGUCUGAACAGCUCGCUGGUAAAUUUCUCAGCAAAAAACGCUGUAGCCAUCGCUUCCAUUCAUUUGCCACAGUCUGCCUUUGCACAGUCUCCUUCGUUGCAAUCUGUUGAUAACUCCAGUUGCAAGCUACAGCUCAUCGUCUUUCGGAAUGGAAAACUCUUUCCGAUCACUGGGAACACGUCCUACCUUGCAGAUCAGGGGAAACGUCGGGCGGUCGCUACACCAGCUGUGCUUUCUAAAAUAGAUGGGUACAAUUUGGGAAAUCUCAGUCGUCCAUUGACCAUAGCCCUGAGACACUUUACAAGUGGUAUAAACCCUAUCGCUGCCUUUUGGGAUUUUGACCUUCUUGAUGGACAUGGGGGCUGGUGCGGAGAAGGUUGCCACAUAAUUACCUCGACUGCUAACAUCACCACCAUUCAGUGCACUCACUUCGGUAACUUUGCCGUGCUAAUGGAUUUGAAGACCGUGCUGUCUCUCCCUCAGUACCCAGGGGAGUUCCUGCACCCUGUGGUUUAUGCAUGCACCGCUGUUAUGUUGUUGUGCCUGUUCGCAUCUAUCAUAACCUACAUUGUGCAUCACAGCACUAUCCGAAUCAGCAGAAAAGGAUGGCAUAUGUUGCUUAAUUUCUGUUUCCACACUGCGCUCACUUUUGCUGUGUUUGCUGGAGGAAUCAAUCGAACAGGCUAUCCCAUCAUAUGCCAGUCUGUCGGCAUUGUCUUGCAUUACUCUAGCCUGUGCACAGUCUUGUGGAUUGGUGUGACUGCAAGGAACAUUUACAAGCAAGUUACAAGAAAACCUUCUCAAAACCAGAAUAGUGACCAGCCUCAAUUCCCAAAGCAACCUAUGCUCAGGUUCUAUCUUAUAAGUGGCGGUGUCCCCUUUAUUAUUUGUGGAGUUACAGCUGCGACCAACCUGAAAAAUUAUGGAAAUGAAGACAAUGCACCUUACUGCUGGAUGGCAUGGGAGCCAAGUCUUGGUGCAUUCUACGGCCCCGUCGCAUUCAUCGUUCUAGUCACCUGCAUUUAUUUCCUCUGUACCUACAUCCAGCUAAAGCGUCAUCCCGAACGCAAGUAUGAAUUAAAGGAAAGGACGGAAGAGCAGCAGAGGUUGGCAGGUGGAGAAGUGGGUCACAGUCAUAUAACUGAAGCUGGUCCAGUUGCUCAGGCAACUUGCUCCAUGAUUUCAUCUUCCCUGCUGGAAAAUGAGCAUUCAUUCAAGGCCCAGCUACGAGCCGCCGCAUUCACUCUCUUUCUAUUUACAGCAACCUGGACCUUUGGGGCUCUUGCUGUAUCUCAAGGGCAUUUCUUGGAUAUGAUCUUUAGCUGCCUGUAUGGAGCUUUUUGCGUAACUUUAGGCCUCUUCACUUUAAUACAUCACUGUGCAAAGCGAGACGACGUUUGGCAUUGUUGGUGGUCCUGUUGCCCGUCGAAAAGAAAUGCAUAUGCCGUGCCAGCGAACGCCCGCCAGAAAGUGAACGUAAAUGGAGAUGCCCAGGGUCAUGCCACCUGCAUUCAGGAUUCGCCAUGCACCAAUAAGUCUCCCAUGUACAACCACCCAUCGGUGGGUCAUUGCAAACUUACUAAUUUACAAGCUGUGCAGAACCAUGUAAACUGCCUAUCACCGGUCACACCUUGCUGUGCGAAGAUUCACUGUGAACAACUUAUGGAAGACGAAGCUCAUAUCCAUGUGCACAAUGAAGGUGCUUUUAGACCCAACAUGCACGUUCACAGGUGUCUAAAAAGCAGAACUAAGCCGCGCUACUUCAGUCGACAUAGGUCAGCCGCCGAGAGAGAAUACGCUUACCAUAUACCUUCUAGCAUUGAUGGGAGUAUCCAUAGCUCGCACACAGACAGUCCACACAGUACACAUGAGGGCCAUACAGGCCACAGGCGGGGCUGUUGUGCAGCAAGCGACCCCUACCCUACCAUCAACCAGCCUGAGAGCAGCGAUGCAAGUACUGCAAUAUUUAGUUGUGGCAAAAUGCCUGAUUCUGACACUGUGCACCAUACUCACUUUGAGAUGCAACCAAGGAGACAAUCAUAUCCAUUUAACACAACAAAUCCUAAUGGGUUACUCAAGGGUAGCAUGCAUGAAGCCAUGAUCUAUAGUUCCGAUAAUGCAGGAAACGUGAAAACUGGGCCAUGGAGGAAUGAAACUACUGUGUAGUUCUGGGCCUAGCUCUUUGCGUCUUUCCUGCACUGGUACAAAUGUACGCCAUGUUUUUCAGUUCACUUGUUACGUGUCUGUACAGCACACCAGUACAUGUACAAUGCUUGGUUCUGUUUUCUUAUACAAAGAAACCGAUAAUAAUGUGGCAAUUGUGAAAAUAACAUGUAAAAGAGGAAUAACAAUAAGUGUACUGCAAAGAACCAUGAACACCAAGGUGCAAAGUAGAUCGAAGAGGCAAUAUCCUUUUUUUUUCCACGUUAACUCAUGGCACACUUCUCCGUGUUACACUUGUUAAUGUUACCAUGACAAUAAAUUAUUCCAAUAAUUUUUCUAUUAUGUUCUACACAUUGUACUGUAUCUCAUGUCGGAUAGGUAUCACUUGUUUCCAUGUUAUAGCUAGAGUUGUCUUCAGAACGCGGCCAUAAACCCUUAGCUAUUUGUCCACAUGCAGAUGAGAAAGAAGGAACCUCAUUAGGUGCCACCAACAUAACUGUACCUAUCAGCAAUGGAAAUAACCUAUUCACCAAACUAAGGGGAACAUUUAUUAAGACUGGCGUUUUACACGCCGGUCUUAGUAAAGCACUAUACCUGGCGGUGGAUCCGCCAAAAUUAUGAAGAGGUGCAGGCCUCUCCAUAACUUUGGUGUAUCCAGUGCCAGUUCUAAAUGUAAACCAGGCUUAGAAAAUGGUAAGGGAGACGGGCCUGCCAUUUUGCCAGGUGUUGGACCUCUACUGAUCCGAUAUUAAUGACCUGUCCUGAGUAUAGCUCACUAAUAUCAUUAACCUGGAAAACUCUUCCUAUUCUGAGGAUAGGUAAUCAAAGUCAUUAACUCGGAAAACCUGUUGAGCACCUCUGAUAUACAGAACCUAUGUUCUCAUGAUUUUUAAUUUUACAACAUUAUCAGUUAAUUUUUGUAGAUGCAGCCUAAAUUGAAACUGCCAUCAUGCAACCCAUUGCAAAAGUGUUACAUUAUCACCUGACAUGGAGCAACAGCUAAUUAGGUCAAAUAAUAUGUCACUUAAUUAUUUUAGGGAUACCUGUCUCAAAUGAUAUAGUUUGGGAAAGGCAGAACAUGAAUUGGAAAAGGGCACCUACUAAAUCUGUAUUGCAGUAGCAGAGCGGUUUGCCUUUAUGCUCCGUAAUAUUCAAUAAACAUAGGGUGGUGGACACAUCUAGGAUGGAAAGCAAUUGGUGACCCUUGAUUUGAAACCUUCUCAUUUUCAUAUUUUUUCCAUUAAACUUAUAUUCUUCUAUUCCACCAUAUCAAGUGUUCUGUAAAGUGUCCAACAUAAAGAAAUAACAUUUAGGACUCAUUCACAUGGCCAAGUUACACCUCCACUUUGGACUGAUUAAUAAAAGAGCACCAACAGAGUUACAAGGGGCCUCUACCGCAUGUCCAUAUGACUAUAGUUUUAUAAACCAUGGCAUGCCCAGUUGAAUGUCAUACGUACACAGCUCUUUUCUCCUAGAAGCAUUGAACCUGAUGGAGCAUUGUACGUAUGGCACCAAGGCCAACAUUUUUCAAUGAGCUUUACUGCCAAGUGCACAGCUCUCCCUUCACUUGGCAACAACAAUGCUCCUCUUGAGGCCAGGAGGAAUCUUGGAUCAUUCUGAGACAAAUGUCCAUCAUAUCUCCCCCACCACCUCUACUCCUGGUCUUUGUAUGUGGUCCUUUACACAUAUUUGGUUAGCCAUUUGUGUCUUUAAAGGGUAAUAAACCUUAUGCACCUAACACUGGAUGGACCUAAAAAAAAUGGUGGCUUGCGGAAAUAUAAAUGACAUUGGCACUGGUGAUACCAUUCUGACAGAGAUAUUUGCAUAUAUGACCUAAACUACAGUACAAUAUGUAGUGUGAUGAUAUUGCCUCGGACUGUCUGCCAUUAGCACCCUAGAAUCACAUAAUGUCCACUCAGUGUUAGCUUCUCUCCAUGUUGGAGGGAAGAGAUGGCUAAUAUGACUCCUUUUCCAUCUGCAGUGUUGUAUUGGUUGUUAUUUGCAUGACGCAGGUCAGAAUAUACCAUUUGUUGUUUUUCAAUGUUACAUGUUUAAAAUGCAGUAUUGUUAAAAGACUGUGAAAACUCAUGUUGGUAUUACUCUAGAGCAUUAUGAAUCUACCAGAACUCACCUCUGCACUAGUGUAAAGUGGCACAAUCCUUCGUAUGAGGUAUUAUGAUAAACUUUAAUUAAAACUCACUCAG